UGGUCGUGACCGUGCCUGCCUCGAUCUUCACCCCUGGACCCUGAGACGACCGCGCCCCUCCCCUGAACGGGCAGGAGAGUGGCAGAUUGCCUCACCUUCCACUUUCCCCGUGUUUUCGAGGGCCCCUUUCCCGAAAUUCCAUCCGUCCAUUCCUUUCCUUCCAUUCCUUUGCCUGGGCCCCUUCCCGUUCCUGAUCAUCCAUCCAUCCCCGUCCGGUCCUUCCUUACCCUUCCCAUCGUCCUCUUGGCCCUGCUUCUUCUUCCUACACCUCAGACGAUCUCAAACGUUCGCUCAUUCUCGCCUCUCCUUUUUCGCGUCUGCUCUUUUCUCACGCGCGCGCGCUCUCUCACUCUUUCUCUCCAUCUUCAAUCUCGCUCUCUCUUGGCGAUCGCCACUUUUUGUUCUGUCGUCAACUGUGCGUGUACGGAUAGUGUAUUCGGCAUUUUCCCCAUCGACGUCACUCCUUGCAGACACGAGAGAACCCAGCAGCAGCAGCAACAGGGGCACGAAAUCCGGUUUCACCACACAAACGACACGAGGGGAAUCCACUCAUUGCAAACGAGAGCUCGUCACCACCGCCUGCCCACCGCAGCCGAACUGAGCGAUUCGACGAAGAAAAUAGGACCAAGUUCGCGACCACAACAUCAUACAGACACACGGUCGCAAAGCGCUACGGAUACAAGGAAGGACGGCAGCAAUCACGCACAUCAACACGUCCCGAAGAGAACCAUUUUAUUUGUAUUGAAUUGGAAUCGAGACAAGCCGUAAUCGCGACACCCACCCGAACGCCGAACCCCCAUCGAAUCGCAUUACAUCAUAUCUCAACAAUCAGAAACUUUCAAAAUGAGUGCCUCCUCUACCACUUCCACGAGCCUUCUGGCGCCCAUCGCCCGCGCAGUCCAUUAUAUCGCCGCGCGCGAAUGCGCAAGUGAUGACAACAGCCCUCGCUGCGAGAAACCCUACAACUCGCCCAAGAUCAUCGGUAUCGCUGUUGGUGUCACAGCCGCCGUACUAAUCCUCGGAUCUGGCUCGCUCCUCUUAUACCUUCACAUGAGAAGACAGCGCUUCGAACGCAAAGAGGAGGACGCAAUCUCCCUCGAGAUUGACGGUGAAGUCGAUGAUCAUCCGACCAUGGGCAAGCCGCCGCGCGCCUGGCAGCCGCACGGCCAGCGAGGAGACGACAAUCCAUUCGAAGCCGACCGCCAACCCCACCAGCGCGAGAACCCCUUUGAGCCGGAACGCCGGUAGUCGAUUUCGACCGCCCCGUGAUAGGGGCUCCGUCGCAUUCAAAUACCGCAUCUCACGCUAGCAUUUCUACCCGAGUGAGGGCAUUCUUCGGUGGCCAUGGCUACCUUUUUCUUUCGGAACAUUUCGGAUUGGAAACGCUCUUUUCGCCCAUUUUAAAAAGGGACAACCGAUCUCUUGACGACUUGAUUUGGUCAAGCACAUUCGCGAGCAUGGCGUUGCGUCCCCCACUACUUCUCUUUUCGCCGUCACCGUCGGUGACUUGCGCACCUCGCGCUUAUGGCCCUCCACUCAGGCUUGCGGCCUUAAUUGGGGGGAACGCGCUACAGGAUGAUGAGAUUCAAAAAAUCGGGCGACUGGCGAUGGCCAUCUCCCACCACAUCGGCAUGCAUCUAAGUCGAUUGAGGCUGAGGGACAUUCGCCGGUUGUGGGGAAGUUAAAGUUGCAUAAUGGACUCGGCGAGGCGUGCGUCCGCCGGGCCAUGGGUGGAUUCUUGUCUCUUAAGUGACAGCCGCGAGGCAUCUGUGAUGCUGUCCGUCCAACAUAAUACAAGCAUGAUAACAAAUAACG